AUGACAGAUGAUGGCUGCCCUAUGUGUUUACUAGCUCCAAAAACAAGCAAACAUAUUCUUUGGGAAAGCAUUUCAGCAAUUGACAUUUUGGGACAAUGUUCAAAAAAGAUCCAGAAAAGCAAGACCACAUGUCAGAAUAUGAAGGAGCUUAUUGCAAAAAUGAUCAAGAGGCUGCAACAAGAUGAAAUGGAAGAAUUAGCUCUGACAUUAUGGAACAUAUGGAGGAGAAGAAAUGAAAAUGUGUUCAAUAAUGUAUUGAUUGAUCCUAAGACAGUAUUACAUCGAGUGCUACAAAUGCAACAUGAGCUAGCAGUAAAUAAAGCCAACACAGACACUCAAAUUCAAAGUAAUGCAACAAGAAAUGGUACAUGGAAAUUUCCUCCAUCAGGGUUUUGCAAGUUUAAUUGGGAUGUAGCAAUUGACAGAUUGCAAUACAAGAUUGACAUUGGCAUUGCAGUUAGAGAUGAGGAAGGCAACUACUGGCUACCAUGA